GCUACAAAACGUCCCAGUGUUUGCUUUGUUGUAGUGAAUAAUAAGGUCAUUCAGCCAUGCGCAGACUAUCUGCAUUUAAAGUUAAUUAUGACUGAAUUAUUGCUUGGAUAGUGCUGAGAGGUGACUUUAUCUGGCUUAUGACUGUGUUAAUCUUUCUUAUCUCUGAAUAUUUUAUCAUCUUAUAUGUUGUUUCUGUGUUAUGUCAGCAGUUUCGGUUUGACGUCCGAGGCUAUUUUUAGAUUAAUGGCUGUAGACUACAAUAGUCAAAGUGUGCAGUAUGUGAUUGAAUCAGUCGAAUCGGACAAACUGGUUCAGUUUGACGAACAAUGUGAAGCCAGGCGGAGAAAACAACUUCUGGUUACGUUUUUCAGAAUAAAGCGUUAUUUGCGUUUGUCACAAUGAUUCCUAACGGGACCAAAUUUAGUAUUGAAAUGAUAAUUCAAGCACAAUAAAACGCAAUUUGUUUCUUUAGUAUUUCUACAUUGUAUAGGCUAUAUUGAUGUAGGGAACGUUCCGUGCUCUUAUUCUGAAAUUAGAAUCGAUCACUUCCUGUUUUUAUCCGUUACCUGCGUCUGUCUUGACGCAGCCGCAGGAGGUGAGGCUUGUUAAGGUGUUUGUGGUCCCUUGUUAUGUCAUCUUUCUGGUCCAACUUGUCGGUGAUUAUACACCGCUCCUGUUUGCUCCGGGUAAACUUAACUGACAAGGAAGACAGAACUGAAACACCACGGUGUGUCACCCAGGCUCCUUGUAAUGGUUUGUCUCACAGCACCCAUGGGAGUUAGGAGUCGCUCUUUAAUCCGGGACCUUUAACAGCGACUGUAUUGUUUGGCUGAGAUAGAUCUGCCGCCGGGCGCAUUAGCAGCAGUCAAGCGGAUCACGUCGCUUUUGUGUGUGUACACAGCCCGCAGGUAUGAACCAUGAGUCCAAUAAAUCGGCAUCAUUAGGAAUGAUCUCCACGGCAACUCGCACCACCGCUACUGUCAGUCCCCUCAGCCCACUAACCAAUGGGAACGCCGUUGCCCAAUCUGCAAACUCCGGAUUCGCUGCUGCGCUGCGUAAACUGGCCAAACAGGCCGAGGAUCCCAGAGGUUCUGCCGUCAGCGGUGAGUCGUCUCCAGUCUCUUCCCCGGCCACCAGCCACAGCUCGCCAGUCAGCACCCCUAAGCGGGGCUCAUUAGGGCCCCUCCUGGGCCAGACCAGGGGCCACGGUGUCUCCAGCACGCCUCCGGUGGUCACUAUUGCCCCCACCAAGACCAGCAACGGCCUGUGGAGGGCCGACGGAAGACAGGUCGAGCCGAGUGUCCAGGGACUCAGUAGGGAGCGGGUGUGUGCUGAGAACACCCACUCACAACAGGAUAAGAGGACUCCGCCUACCCACUCACCUCACCCCCUGGCCCACCCCUUUGGCCUCACCCCCAGCUCUGUCAUGCAGGACCCCAGGAUGCAGAGCCUCAGUUUGCCCGGGCAGAUGCACCCCGUGGUACCCUCGGGCGCCAUCCCAGAGGAGUACCUGAGAGCACUCCGGCCCUUUGCCACCUCAGAUGAUCUCCGGCUGACCUCUCUACCCAUGAGUUUGGACCAAGCGCACGCCCACGCCGCAGCCGCUGCUGCUUACUAUCAUCCGGCCUACAUGCACCACCCGAUGUCCUUACCAAGGAUGGAGGAGUCCUUGUGUCUCUCUGCGCUACGGUCGCAGUUCUACUCUGUGCCUGCAGGGGGCGCCUUCUCUCCUCUUCACCACUCUGCCCUCCACUUGCACAUGCCUGGAGGCCGCUACCCAGGAGAGCUGAACCACACAGUGGCGCUGGCUGAGAGGCUGCAGAUGGAGAAUGAGCUCCGCCAGCGAGAGAGAGAGCAAGAGCGUGAACGAGAGAAAGAAAGGGAGCGCGAGGCAGGGCUGGAACGAGAGCGGGAGAGGGAGAGAGAGAGGGAGGAGGAGCGGGAGAGAGAGCUGGACAGACAGAAGGAGAGGCAGAGGGAGAGACAGCAGCAGAUGGUCAGAGCAGCCGAGAGCCACUACCUGGCUGAGCUGCAGGCUCGGAGGGCACCACCGGAGGACAGGGCCAGGCCAGGGGAGAGGCUGACCCCGAACAGACUGGAUAAAACCAAGGACUCUGAGCACCCAGGUUUCCCAGCACCAAAACCUCUGUCCCUGCAGCCUGGCCUUCACCCCUCCAGGGGCUCUAUCCCACACCCUGUGCCCAGCCUGGUGCCUUCUCACUUGGGGAAGCAUCACGCUGCUGCUGGGGGGAUCCAUGGAGCUCUGGCAGCUGCCAUGAUGACUCAGAGGGCCAGUGAGGCAGCGUGGUUAACACGGCAACGGGGGCAAGGGCAGGAGAGGGAGGGUCCGCUGGAGAUGGGCCUCAGGUCACCUGGGAAAGGGGUGGAGCUAAGGAGAGACAGUCACAGAACCCAUUCAGUCCAUCACAACCCAGGAAGCAAAGAUGUACCUCCCUGCCUCGGCGCUCCACCUCCCCUUAUCUCCCCUAAAGGUCCCCAUCAUCCUCCUGCCCCUUUGACCACACUGUGGAACCCAGCCUCCCUUGUCGACACCCCCUCCGACUCCCGCAGAAAACUUAACCCUCCGACACCACCAAGUCGGCCGCCUCCAGGACUGACCAGAGCCGACAGGCCCACGGUGAGCUGGGGGGAGAAGCAGGAAGAAGGAGGCAGGAGGAGGGCGGAAGGCACAGAGAGGUACACCUCACUGAGGGGAGCUAGUUUACAAGAAGCAGGUUCCUGGAACAAGGCAGACCAGGACAGAGCCAUCCAGAGCCUCUAUCACCGCCAUCACAUCAAUAACCUCCACCAGAGAUCCGUUGUGCCUCCGUCUAUUCCCGGUAUCGGUACUGACCUGGUGGGACGGUGUCAGGCAGCUUCUCCAUCUCCGGUAAGGGAGCGACAGAGUCAGCCGCCCGACAACAUACUGGUGUAUGACGAAGUUCUCCAGCAGCACCGUCGGCUGCUCAGUAAACUGGACCUGGAGGAGAAGAGGAGGAGGGAGGCCAGAGAGGGAGGUUAUUACUAUGAACUCGACGAGUCGUAUGAUGAGAGUGACGAGGAGGAGGUGAAAGCCCAUUUGAGGAGAGUGACAGAACAGCCCCCGCUCAAACUGGACACAUCCUCUGAGAAAGUGGAUUUCCUGCGUGUGUGUGGUCUGACCACGCUGGCCCAUCGCGAUGAGCUUCUGGUGCGAAAAAGGAGAAAGAGGAGGAGGAUGAUGAGAGAGCGCAGCCUCUCUCCGCCGGCCGCGCGGGGCAAGAGAAAGGCCGCUUCACCUUCAACACCUUCAACUCCCUUAACUACCCCGUACUCUGCCGAGCAGAUGGACAGCACUCCGGAACUGCAUGAGAAAAAAGACUUCCUCCUUAUGUUCAACCUCUCCCAUGUCAGCCCACAGCAGAGGAGAGAUAAGGAAAGGACAGAGGAGCUGCUGAGGGCCAUUCAGAGGAAGACUGUGACUUUAGACACGCUCAGAUAUAAUCCUUUACCUCCGUGUAGCAGUCCUCCUGCUCACUUAACUGGUGACUCCUCAUCAGCCCCUCUGCCGAGUCAAUCAAACGGACAUCAGUACCCAGACUCUCCCAGCCCCUCCCCUCCCUACUUACAGAAACCCAAACGUCUCCCCGAUAACGACACGUUCAAACCCUCCAUGGACACCCACAUGGCCCGCAAUCCUCCACCCUUGAACCCCCGUCAUGAAAAGGCUGAAUCUAUGGAGGCUCAGCCAAACAGGAAGCUCCAGGGCCUCCAGAAUGGCGUUCUUGCUUCUUCUCAGAAAAAGGAGCCCGAUUCACUGCAGAAUGGACGGAAUCGGCCCUGGGAGAGGUUCACACCUGAGGCCUUUGCUCAGCACUUCCACCAGGCCGUGCUGCAGUCCACACACAACACACUGCAGAACAAAGGAGUCUCAAAUUGUGUCCCUGAGGCCGGCAUGAAGGCCGACCGCUCGUUGCCUCACGACGUCUCUCAACUGAAAAAUUCAACUCUCAUCCAUGCCCCUCAGCAUGCACACGUCAACGGCUAUCACUUCCAUUCCCUUGUAGCCAGCAGGGACACUCCAGGACCACAGGAAAACCUGUCUGAUGAGGACGAGGAAGAGUUUGGUCAGGAGGAGGAAGACGACGAGGGGGAGAUGGAAGAAGCUCCAAGGAAGUGGCAGGGUAUUGAAGCUAUCUUUGAGGCCUACCAGGAGUAUGUGGAUGAAUGGAGUAUAGAGAGGCAGGUUCUUCACAGUCAGUGUAAAAGAGUUGAAGCACAGAACUACAAUCUGACCAGAACCGCAGAGCAGCUUUCUCUCACUAUGGGGGAGCUGGUGAGUCAAAGGCAGAAAGUGAGAGAGGAGAGGGAGAGACUUCAGGCCCAGCUUGAGCACUUCAGGAGGUGUUUGACACUACCUAACAUUCACUGGGGCAGGGGGCAAGUCAACGGGCACACGCCGAGGUGACCUCUGACACCAACUCCCUGACGGAUAUGCCUGUGACAGCGAAGGAACAGUAACAAGAACAAGACAGACUGGAGCCAGGUCACUCUGCACUUGAAGUACUUGAGGGAGCCUGUCUGGUUCCAGAUUCAACUGACUACCUGCCCUGUUUGCCACGGUAAUCGUAAACCAUGGUGACCAUGUGGUCUGGGCAUUCGUGUCUCCGUCAUUCUGCCUAUGGAUUGUUAUUGUCGGUUGAUAACACUGUGUAGGUGAAACAGCAUCUUUGUCCUCACGCUAACCAGUCCAACUAGUCCCCGAGUUAGCUUUACUCAUUUAACUCAUGUCAUGUUAAUUUUUUUUUGCAUAAACUUUAUUGAUUCACACUAAUGAGAUGUGUCUCUUGGCACAAAUCUGUAGCCUCUCUGGACAGCAAUAAGAAGAGAGUAAGCAUGCAGUGGUCACUUGGUCUUACUCAAAGAAUGGAAAUUGAGUCAAGGAAUCAAAGCACACCUCAGGCCUUAAACUUGGACAGAAACACGUGAGCGUCCUCUGUGUGGUGUAAUGUUGUCGUGUCUACUUAGCACUGAAUCCGACAGAUGAAGCAGUUUGUGUGCUUGUAAAGCUUCUGCAGAGGAUAGGAAACAUCUAAAAGAUAUUAUCUAUAUAAUGGCAAAUGGUAUCAAUGAAGUUUUUUGAGGUUUAAUGAAAUUUUCAUUGGUAAUGUUACUUGUGAUAGACGAAGAAUUUUGUAUGUUUUAUUGUUUUAACCAUCUCUUGUGGGAAGCCAUAUGUUUUGUUUGAACUGCUGCUGGUCAGAAUAAAAAAUGUUUAGAAAAUGAAGGAUGUUAGGACAGUUGUAUUUGAAAAAUGUCAUGUGAUGUCAAAAUGUUUGGGGUGUUGACUAAGAUGCACUGGGGAUGGAAGACAACAUGGCAAACGUCAGUUUUUGUCACUCGUUAUCAAGUUAUCGUGACGAUUGCUCAGAUGGUUUAUCCCAGAGUCUUUGUCCCUCCACACGACUAGAAAUGUUGAUGAAACUUGAAUAGAAUAAAAGUUGUGAUAUUUUUAAGCCUUUUGCAACAUUCGACACAAGUUCUUAAUAAUUGGCAUCACUUGAGCGAAACAACAGUACUUUUAGACAUAUUGUCCAACCUUACCAUGGUUCACAUCGAUCUGAAGGUGAUUUAUUCUUAAGUUAUUAUAGAACAACUAAGUUAAAUGAUUUUGUCAAGGAAAUGAAGAAGCCAAAUUAUUAUUCAGUUCCAUUUGAGGACUGUCAAAACUGAUAAACGAUAUAUUUUCACUUGAUACUGGUAGAGUACUUGAGACAAAUCUAUAAUUGUUUAUGGGUGACAUAAACUAUCCCUCUGUGGAUAACAGAAAAUACACCGCCUCCUCUCUUUCUGUUUUGAUGAGAUGUUUUUGUUCAAGCCAGAUAAAACAAAUGUCACAAAUUCAUAACUUCUGCCCCUUUCCCUCUGAAUGUUAAAGUCCCAGGAGCCUGUUCCUAAAAGCACAAACUCGUAGCAAUCUCCCAAAAUCAGACUCUCCUGCGUCACCUGUUCAGUCUUCUCAAACUUGCUGUGAAAUCCUGCAUAUUUGUUUCAAUCAGUUGUCAUGUAAUGUAUUAUUUGGGCUGUAUAAUUGUGAUGAAUUAUUUAUUAACAUAUAUUGCUGUACAUUCUGAUGGAAAUUUACAUUAAAAUAUUUGUAAAAUGUCUUAUUGGUCAUUUUCAUUUAUCCAGGGAGAGAGUUUUCACUUAUGACACAUUUCACUCUCAUUUCAUAUCAGUUCCAUGUUUCCUGAAUUAACAGCUACUCUGAGGAGUUUUUCUAGAAAGAAAAAUGCCAUGCUUGUCAUCUUUGGUUCAAGAAUUGCUCCAAAAUCCCAAAUGGGUGUUGAAUUGGGUUGAGAUCAAGUAUAUGUGAAGGCUAUAGCAAAUGAUUCACAAUGUUUUCAUACACAUCAAAUCAUUAAGUGACCACUCAGUGUCAUGUGAAUGGGAACGUUGUCAUCCUGGAAAAGACCACGCUCAUCCAGAUAUAAAUGUUUCAACGUAGAACAAAAGCAGUGAUGGAGGGUUAUUACAGUUACUCAAGUACUGUACUUAAGGACAAUUUUAAGGCGCUUCCACUAAACUUGAGUUUUUGCAUUUCAUGCUACCUUAUACUUCCAUAACACAGGAAAACAUUGUAUCUUUUACUCCUUGACAGUUUUGCAAAUAAAGGUUCUGUUUCUCCUCUUAUUUAUUCAGGGUUCUCAUUACAUUUGUCACCCAUCAGAAUGAACAGGGAUGAUCUAGUA